CGGAAUCUGCUGGGACGCUGGUACCCUUAAGCGAUCUCCCGACGGGAGACACUUAGGCCUUAGGCCGGGCUACUCUGGAGUGGUGAGGUAGAGGUGAGACGCUGGAAUCUGGGCCAGCUUGGAAGGCUUUUCUGAGACACUGUGUCCCAGCAUAAGGGAAUCCUGCCAUAGUGCGACCUGCCGAGGAAGUGUCGCGGAUGGGAUGGUAGGGUGGAGGCUUUUCCUAUGCAGAUGAUCGGCCCCACGGGUCUCCCAACUCCCGUGGCUGGUCCUCCCCACUCCUCUGGGUUUAAAGCUUCCCCUAGCUUCCCGGCCAUCUCCUCCCCUCCCCCAGCCCCUGGUUCGGCGAAUCUGCUGCGCGGCGGACCCCGCUAGUGGGCGCGAGAUGCCCGGCGGCAGCCUACGCGCCGGGAGACUGGCCCCGGCCGCACGGUGACCGCGGGUGUUGUCUACGCUGCGUGGACCUACGUCUCUACCCUGCGUCCGCCUCGGGGGCCACACCAGCCGGGAUCCAGAACCCAGGCUCCAGCGCGCGGGCGCGCGGAAGGAGGGAAAGAAAUUAGGACAGUGGAGAUGGAGAGGGGGAAGGGGAAGAAGAAGGGGAAGGAGCCAGAGAAAGAAAAAAUUCGGGAAAAAGGAAAGGAGGAGAAAGAGAAAAAGGAGGUGGAGAAGGAGAAAAUUAAGGGAAAAGAAAAGAAGGGGAAAGAGACAGGGAAGGAGGAGAAAAAUAAGUGUAGAGAGGAGGAAAAGAAAGAGCGGGAGACCGAGAAAGAGAAGGAACAACUUGAGGGAAAAGACAAAGAGAAGAAGGAUAACAACGCCUUGACGAAGCCCCCGCUGGAGCCUCUGGAAAAAAAUAAGCAGAUCCUUGUAUUGGGCCUGGACGGAGCAGGAAAGACCAGUGUUCUCCACUCUCUAGCUUUAAACAAAGUCCAGCACAGUGUGGCACCCACCCAAGGUUUCAAUGCAGUAUGCAUCAACACUGAAGAUAGCCAAAUGGAAUUCCUAGAGAUUGGCGGCAGUGAACCUUUCCGUUCCUAUUGGGAAAUGUACCUGUCCAGAGGAUUGCUGCUAAUCUUUGUGGUAGAUUCAGCAGAUCACAACAGAUUACCUGAAGCCAAGAAACACCUUCAUCAAUUAAUUGGAACAAACCCAAUCCUUCCUCUGGUUGUGUUUGCAAACAAACAGGAUCUUGAAACAGCCUAUCGUAUUACAGAUAUCCACGAAGCUUUGGCAUUGUCUGAGGUGGGAAAUGACAGGAAGAUGUUCUUGUUUGGAACACAAGUGACUGAAAAUGGCUCAGAAAUACCCUCCGUCAUGCAAGAUGCCAAAGACUUGAUUGCACACCUGGCUGCAGAUAUGCAGUGACCGAGCCUGGGCCCACUGUGUAGCUCUCAAUCUAAAUGUCACCAAGGAGUGUUAAGUGACAGGUUUGAAGCCACAGGUUUCCACUGUCGAAUAAAAAAUAAGCCACUUCCUA